CUCAGCAGAGGUGCCGCCUUCCCGAGCCGCUACUCUCGGUGGGCUGUGCCCUCUUGUCUCCUCGGGAAGCGAGGGGCAGAGUGGGAAAGGGUGGUGAAAGAUGCUGUGGCUGCCUAUCGCCUUCCAGUUGGUGCUGGUGCUGUGCAGCCAGGGCGCUGAAAGGUGCCCGUCAGCCUUCUGCGAGUGCUCCGACUGGGAUGACUACAAAAUUACUUGCAGGGACAUCCACUUCAUUCCCAGCCUUCCAGAGGACACUCAGACCCUUAGUAGUACAGCAAAUUUAAAUCUGUUAAAAGUUCCUCUGCCUGACACCAUCAGUGCUGCCUCCCAUGGCAGGUGGCACAGGAUGAAGGGAAAGAGAAAAAGUGGCUUCCUGGGCACUGGCCAAGGUUUGCCAAAGUCUGUGACUUAUUUCUUUUUCUGUUUCCUGGUUUUUAGCUAUAUCUCCAUAGAUGAAACACUUCGGAGUCUGGAGGCCCACUCCUUCAACAGCUUGAGUAAAGUCACUCACAUUGAAAUUCGAAAUCUUAGAAACUUGGAUUACAUAGAUCCAGAUGCCUUUAAGAACCUUCCGCUGUUGAAAUACCUUGGUAUUUUCAAUACUGGACUCAAGGUAUUUCCUGACCUCACUAAAAUUUCUUCAUCUGAUGUGAACUUUUUACUUGAAAUUGCAGACAAUCCUUUCAUGACUUCAGUGCCUGCAAAUGCUUUCCAUGGGCUCUGUAAUGAAUCUCUAACUCUCAAACUCUACAAUAAUGGUUUUACCAGCAUUCAAGGCCAUGCUUUUAAUGGGACAAAUCUGGAUGCUAUCUAUCUGCACAAGAACAAAUACCUGAAAGUUAUCAAUGAAGAUGCAUUUCUGGGAGUGCAUAGUGGACCAACUCUACUGGAUGUCUCCAGAACAGUCAUUGUUAAUCUUCCUGUCAAAGGAUUGGAAAGCCUUAAAGAACUAAUGGCCCAAAACACAUGGACAUUAAAGAAAUUACCAGCUGUAAAGAUAUUUCUUCAGCUAAUUCGAGCUGAUCUGUCCUAUCCAAGUCACUGCUGUGCUUUCAAGAACUGGAAAAAGAACAGUGGAAUUCUGGAGUACUUGAUGUGUAACCAGACUGGCAGUCACAGUUUUCGAAAUAGAAGAUCGUUCAGAGCUAUCAGAGAACCAUUUUACAAAGAUUAUACAGAAGAAUACACAGACCGCACUGAUUCUGUUUAUGACAGAAACACCAAGUUCAGGAAUUUCCAUGAAAAUUCCCAAUAUUAUAUAUUUUUGGAAGAACACGGGGAAGAAAAUGUUGGGUUUGGCCAAGAGCUCAAAAACCCUCAAACUGAAGACAUGCAGGCCUUUGACAGUCAUUAUGACUAUCUUGUCUGUGGAGGCAGUGAGGAUGUAAUAUGCACUCCGGAGCCUGAUGAGUUUAAUCCCUGUGAGGACAUAAUGGGAUACCAGUUUCUGAGGAUUGUGGUAUGGUUUGUGAACUUGCUGGCCAUUGUAGGUAAUGUUUUUGUCCUUUUCAUCCUUCUAACCAGCCAUUACAAACUGACUGUACCACGCUUUCUUAUGUGCAACCUAGCCUUUGCUGAUUUCUGUAUGGGGUUAUACCUUCUCCUGAUUGCUUCAGUGGACCUCUACACCAGAUCAGAGUAUUAUAAUCAUGCUAUAGAGUGGCAGACAGGGCCUGGUUGCAACACAGCAGGUUUCUUCACAGUCUUUGCCAGUGAGCUUUCUGUAUACACACUUACUGUGAUCACCCUGGAGCGCUGGUAUGCCAUCACCUUUGCCAUGCGUCCCAAUCGAAAGAUUCGCCUCCGGCAUGCUUUGGUUAUCAUGCUGGGAGGUUGGCUUUCAUGCUUUCUUCUUGCCCUUUUGCCACUGGUUGGAGUCAGCAGCUACAGCAAAGUCAGCAUCUGCUUACCUAUGGACACUGAAACGCCAGUGGCUGAAGCCUAUGUUGUCUUUGUUUUAAUAUGUAACAUUAUUGCUUUUGUUAUCAUUUGUGUCUGCUACAUAAAAAUCUAUGUCACUGUGCGAAACCCUCAGUACAAGUCAGGAGACAAAGACACCAAAAUUGCCAAGAGGAUGGCUGUGUUGAUUUUCACUGACUUUCUGUGCAUGGCUCCUAUCUCUUUCCAUGCCCUAUCUGCUAUCAUGAACAAACCAUUGAUAACAGUCACUAAUUCCAAGAUUUUGCUGGUACUUUUCUACCCACUUAAUUCUUGUGCCAACCCAUUUCUAUACGCUAUUUUCACCAAAGCUUUCCGAAGAGAUGUGUUUAUCCUGCUGAGCAAGUUUGGUAUAUGUGAGCAUCAGGCUCAAGUCUACAGAGGUCAGACAAUGUCAGUCAAAAACAGCAGCGGCUCUUAUGGGCAGAGAAUCAGCCGAGGGUUAGGUCAGAUUCUUACAAGCAUCCAAGACCCAGUCAACGAUUACCUUCCUGCUAUGACAAUGCAAAACCAAAUUCUUGUGGAAGAAUGCAAGCAAACUGAGCUAUGAUGUCUCAAAGUCACACAGUCACAAUUUUGUCGACACGUUGUUUUGUACACAGUAGAUUGAGUGAGAAGUGCAUGUUUUCUCCCUAUUUUCCCCUACCCUACCGUUGUGAUGGCUGAUGCACCUUCAGAAAGACAACUCUUUCACUUGAAACUUCUUGUCUCACAUUCGUACCAGUACAGGUCACAAGAUACUGUUACAAUUAUACUGCUGGAAAUGGAUGGGAAAGUUAUAUAUAUGUAUAGGAAAAUUAAUGUAUAGAAAAAGACAGCAACUAUGAAAUGUACCCUUAUCUAAAGAAAAUAACGAAGGAGACCAGGCAUAAAAUGUCAGGGAACUUUUAUGAUUGAAAAAGAAUGUAGUUCUAUAG